CGCCGCCCCCUGUGCCACGGCGGGAGAGCUGCGGGCUCUUGGGCCGGACGCGCUGCUGCUCCCGGCUUGCCCCGGCCCGGCGCGGCCCGGCCAUACGAGUGUGCAGAAAUGUCUCCCUUCGAAAAUAAAGGACUAAUACUGGGCAUAAUGGCAGGGACUGCUGGAUUAAGCCUGGUGCUGGUUUGGUACCACAAGAACCGAAAGCCUGCUGCAGCUGUGUGUGUUCGUGCGUUCCAGGAUAUAGGUAACAGAAUUAAUUCUGUGGGCUUGCCAAAUGAGGCUCCUAAUGAGCAAGGAGCAGUAAUGGUUUUACAUGGAAGGCAGCUGCAGAUACUGGAAAAAUUGAAUGGGCUGCUACUAAGCGUGGAUGAACUGAAGAGAGAGGUGGAAUGUCUGAAAGAAGCUAUUCCAAAACUUGAAGAACUUGUUCGAAAUGAGCUUCAAGGAAAGGGUGGUGUUCAGAGAGUUAGCCCAUCACACAGAGCAACAAGGCGGAGAAAAGCAGAGACAACUGCUAGUACAAGAGAAACUACCAGCUCUGAGGAGGCAGAAAGUGAAGGAGGUUACCUUACUGCUCAUACUGAUUCUGAAGGAGACUCGGAGGAAGAAAAGAGAUGUAUGAAAUCACCUGAUGCUGUGGUAAAAUCAGAAGAAGAUGAAGACUUACUUAAUUUUUUACAGAAGGUGGACAAUUUGCACAAGGGUUCAGAAGAUGAUAAAAAGGAGGGCUUCAGUCUGCUGCUUGAGAAAAAUGACAAGUAUGGAAACUCUGUGGACUUUCUUUGGAGGCUUGCACGUGCUUAUGGGGAUCUGUUUGAGAUGACUACUGAUGCUGAGGAGAAGAGGAAAUAUGUAACUGAUGGAAAGAUUAAAGCUGAAAAGGCUGUUCAGCUGGAUGUUGGGAGUGCUGAGAGUCACCAGUGGUUUGCAAUUAUGUGUGGCUAUAUGUCUCAGUUUGAAAGUAUACAAAACAAAAUCAGGAAUGGUUAUCUCUUUAAGGAGCACCUAGACAAGGCAAUUGAACUUAAACCUCAAGAUCCCUUUUUAUAUUACCUAAAUGGAAGGUGGUGCUAUUCAGUAACUUUUUUUUUUUUUUUUGAAAAGAAAGUAGCUGCUGCUCUCUUUGGGACUCCACCAACUUCAACAGUAGAAGAAGCAUUGCAGAAUUUCCUUAAGGCAGAAGAAAUGCAUCCAGGAUAUUCCAAAUGCAAUUAUGUGUAUUUGGCAAAGUGCUAUAAAGAUCUUGGCCAGAAAAACAAUGCACUGAAGUACUGUGAUUCUGCACUGUCAAUUCUCUCAGUUACUAAUGAGGAUAAAGAGGCCCAGAAAGACUUAGAGGCUUUACUUCUUACACUGAAGCUCUGAUACUGCGUACUUCUAAGUCUUCAUGCUGUAAUAAAAUUGUAAAACUAAAAUGAGACUGGAAACUGUGGGUAAAUUUCAGCUAAGUCAAUGGAAAAACAGUCAUUGAUUUUGGUUGACUUUGAUCAUGGCCUUUAAGUGUCUGGCAAUUAUGGUAUUAAAAUAAUACAUUCAUUUUUGAUUAUUUAUAAUCUUGUACUGAAGUUUAAUUUUAGAUUUCUGACACUGUGAGUCUGAUUCUCUGAACAUGAAGUCCACUUCUGGCAAUGGACUUUCAGGGGGUUUGAAUGCAAAAGGAAUAAAUCUCACUCUUUGAAAGAUGACUCAACAUCUAGUACGUGAUGCCAGCAUAGUACUGCGUGUAGCAUAAACAAAGAAAUGUUUCUAUAGUAAAUUAUAUUUAUAUCAACUAAUUUACACAGAUGUGUACAGAAGAAAAUAAUGAAUAUUUAUGUUUACACAUUUCUCUACUCUUGAAAAAAUUACAGUCUUGUUUAAGUUAAACAAAGCUGUUGCCACAACGAAACUCUUUUUACUUUAAACCUAUUGUUGGUUUUACAAAGCAAUGUGAAAAUUUUAUAAAUUCAAUAUUAUAAUUUAUUUGUAACAUCAAGUAUGAUAUUAUAAAUAGGGCCAAUUAGAUAAAAUGGUUUAGAUUAAUCUAUUACAGCUGUGAUAUUUAAUGGAUUUGUAUCAGGACCUCCAGCAAGUUUGUGACGUCUGGCUCUCUGUCUUCAAUUUGAAGCAUUGCCUAAUGUGAUUUCAUCAGAGUGUCUUUGAAGACCCUAGUGCAGCAUGUGACCAUCACUAACCUUUUAUAUCAUCUAUAUAACAUAACCUGUACAUAGACUACUAAAGACCUACUACUUCUGAGUGUGUUGGACAACAGUGUUUUCAAUAAAAUGUAGCAGAUAGGGAAAGAAUUUCUAUUCACCACUGGAGUGAUCCAGAAUACACCAGAGUCUGUAGAAGAAGAGAGGCCAGGUUUUUUUUAAUUCAUGAUCUUAAUCUCAAUGCAGGGAGUGUAUAUUGAAGAAGUAGGCAUUUCUGUUAAAGAACAUAGAAUUGAGUAAGGACAACUAUAUGUUUCCUUGAUCUAUUUGAUGUGUAAGAUAAUGUGGACCACUUUUUGGCAAAGACAGGGAGAUCUUCACAAAUUGAAAUAAGCAUUUUAAUUUUUUUGAAUGUUCAUCCUGUGGAAAAAAUAGUUUCUAUAUGUAUUUCUUUGAUUUUUUUAAUACAUAAUCUCAGAGAAAAGAGAAAAUACCAUGAAAGAUUAAUCCUAACAGUUCCUUCUAUGACAGUAUUGUGAUUCAUGCAGAGUAAUUGGCUUGUGAAUGGGGAAGCUGGAAAGGUGACACAUCAUGAUUUUUAUAAGGGUCUGUUGGUAGUCUGCUUUUGAUGUUUUCAUAGUCAAUGCAGGAAGCACAGUUUAAAAGAAUCUGCAAGAGUGAUUUGUACUUAGGGUUGUUGUUAACAAUUCAAUGUCACCUAAGAAGAUGUAAUAAGGAGGCCUUUCCUGAAAUCAAUUUUAUGCUAAUUGAUAUCCUUUAUAAAAUAAAUUGGAUUAUGCAAUAGAUACUUCAAUUACAAUUAAUUGUUGCUGAUAAAAGCUGAAAGUGUAUUGGAGAAAUAUAUUUGAACAAGAAGUUACUUAAAUUAAUUACUGAAAUUACAUGACAUAAGUAGGAUUUACUUUAUUAAGGGCAAAUAUAAAGUCUUGAAUUGAGGUAAUUAACAGAAAGAGAUUGGAGGAGACCAGGUGUAUAGUAAUUCUAUGGAAAAGGACAUGCAGAUUCCAGUGAGUGAGAAGUUAAUAAUGGGUCAAUAAUGUUAUGUUUUUGUGAAAAAGCAAAUUUCAUACUAGACUGAAUAAAUAAACAUUCCCCUAUUAAAUUCACACAAAAUAACCUUUUACUCUAAUUAGGCCUAGUAAGUUCUAAUGAGGUCUGAGCUCGUGUACUGUAUCUGGUUUCAGGCACCACACUUGAGGGAGGUUGUGGUCUAACUGGAAGGAGUCUAAUGCAGAGAGAGACAAGAAAGAUGAGUGUGCUAGACAACAUUAUUUUGCAUGUAAAAUAAGAAAGAAUUUGGUGUGUUUAGUCUGCAGGAGCAAGGACUAAAGGAGUAUUCACAUUUGUAAAAAGCUUUUGCAGAGAAGACAAUAAAAAAAGAACCCCAAA